AUGGUUGAUGUGGGCGCGGCAUUGGCCAUUGCGAGCGAGUGCGGGCGGGCGCUCGCAAUCCGCCUCAUCUCGCUGGAGGUGCACUCUUCGCUCGAGGCCAUUGGCCUCACCGCAAUUGUAUCGCAGCGGCUCGCAGAGCUCAGCAUCUCUUGCAACGUCGUGGCAGCCUUCCAUCACGACCACAUCUUUGUGUCGGCAGACAAGGCGGAUGCGGCCGUCGAUGCGUUGCGCGGCAUCCAAGCAGACGCUGCUGCAGCCGGCCGAUGA